CGUAGAAGUUGCGCUGUCUUUCUCGUAAUUUUAUUAAUUUAUUUUUGGUAAUAGUUGUUAUUUUGGUCCGAAAUUAUAGAAAGAAAAAACAAACAGAAAAUUCAAAAUCUCUCUUUGAUUUCUUUGUGUGUCGGUUCGUAUUUGAUUUUCUCUCUCCUUUCCUUCGGACCAACAUCCACAUUCUAAGCUAAAGCCUUUGGUUUCAGCAGCUUCUUCUUCCUCAUCUCGCCUCCUCCUCUGCCAUCUUCGCGUUUAUCUCCUUCCCCACGCUGCCGUCAGAUCAGGUCAGAUCAGACCAGAUCCAUCCUUCGCUGCCGUUGGAUCAGGGACGAGUAGGCUUUGAAGCGGCUACAUACAAUAUUUUCGAUGAAGAAGGUCAUUGGUCAAACUGUUAGGGACCUUAAGAGAGAGGUUAAUAAGAAAGUUCUCAAAGUUCCUGGAAUUGAACAGAAGGUUCUUGAUGCAACUAGCAAUGAGCCUUGGGGUCCCCAUGGAUCACUUCUUGCUGAUAUUGCAUUGGCAACAAGAAACUAUCAUGAAUAUCAGAUGAUCAUGACGGUCGUUUGGAAGCGAAUUAAUGAUACUGGCAAGAAUUGGCGUCAUGUGUACAAGGCAUUAACCGUUUUGGAAUACCUAGUAGCCCAUGGGUCAGAGCGGGUCAUAGAUGAGAUUAAGGAACAUUCUUAUCAAAUAUCAACACUGUCCGAUUUUCAAUACAUUGAUUCCAGUGGAAGAGAUCAGGGAAGCAAUGUCAGAAAGAAAUCUCAAAGUCUUGUAGUCCUAGUGAACGAUAAAGAAAGAAUAAUUGAAGUUAGACAGAAAGCAGCUGCGAAUAGGGACAAGUUUCGCAGCCCAUCAUCAUCAGGUGGGAUGUAUAGGCCUGGUUCAAGUCCAGGUGGAUAUGGCGACAGAUAUGAAGAUGAACGUUAUGGAAGCAGGGAUGACGAUCGAUAUGGAAGAAAUGGGGAAAGGGAAUGGGGCUACAAAGAUGAUGAUCGCUAUAGCAGAAACGGGGACUCCUAUACUCGUGAUGGAGAUCGCAAUGGCAGAGACUAUGAGGAGCGCUAUGGUAAAGAUGGUUACAGAGAUGAUGAUUACAGGGGAAGAAGUCAGAGUGUUGAUGAUAACUAUGGUACAAGAAGUAGAAGCUCUGAUAGAGACAGAGAGCGUUCUUCUUUUGAUGAUGGUCAAUAUUCCUCUCGUGGGCCUAGAGGUGAUGAUUCUCAGGAUGGAAGCAGGCGCCUUGAUAGGAAAUACUCGGAACAAAAUAUUGGUGCGCCUCCUAGUUAUGAAGAGGCGAUAAGUGACUCUCGAAGUCCUGUUCACAGCGAGAGGGAUGUCGAAACUCCAACAACUGCUGCUCCUAGAGGUUCUUCUCCACCAAGCAACGUUCCAACUUCUCCACCAGUAAGCAGUCAACCAAACCAACCAAACCAACCAAACAACAGUGAUACUACUCUUCCUCCUCCUAACCAGGAAGUACAGACUUUCGAUGAAUUUGAUCCAAGAGGGUCAGUUUCAGCUACUCCAGCUAAUGCAAAUAAUGCUGAAAUGGACUUGCUUGGUUCCCUGUCAUUGGCCAUUGUGCCAACUACUUCCACCUCAGAAGCUGAUUAUAAUGCAAAUGCUGGUUCAGCAUCAACUUUCGUAGCAGCACCAGUGGCAUCUAAUGUUGUGAAUCAGUCAUUUGAAGAUCCAUUUGGUGACACACCUUUCAGAGCCAUCCCUUCUGACUCUACCCAAGUUCCACCACAGACUUCUGACACAGCUUUCACAGCAGAGCUACCACUUUCCAUAGUUCCAAAAGCAGAAACUGGAUCCAAUUUUGACUUUGGAGACUCAUUAUCUGGCAUAACUUAUUCUACACCUAGUUUCUCUACUGUUCAAACUCCUUCAAUGAACCCAGAAUUUUUGCCCCAGGAGCUGCCCACUUCACAUCAGAACACUGAUAUUCUAGCAGACAUCCUUCCCCAUUCGGGACCAUCACCUGCUAUAACUUCGCAACAAGCUUUUUCAGUGUCAUCAACCCAAACAGCACAGUCAGGUGCUAAUGCUUUUGGGAGUUUUCAACCACAGCCAGGAUCUCAAGUUUCUGUUCCGCCAAAUAUGGUUCCUCAGACUCAAAGCGGUUCUGCUGGGCAUUAUGGAAAUUAUCUUCCCACUGGACCUACUCCUAUGACCUCACAUGCAAUUCCUCAAAUGCCCACUGGACAAAAUCAAUUUAUCAAUGGACAAUUUGCUCCACAACAGCCUUUUGCACCUCCAAAUAAUGGGAACUUUUAUUCACAGCAGGGGACCCCUGCUGUCUCCAUGAAUCCACAAACUACAAUGGGACACGCUGGACAGCUGAACAGUGGCAACUCGUUUCAACAACAGACUUCUGCUUCCCAAAUAGCACCACAAGCUGCUUAUCAUACCCCGAGUGGACCUGUGCAGCAAAGCAAUGUUCUUGGUAACCUUGGACAAACAGGAUCAAACCCUUCAAUGGCUUCUCAUCCAACUAAGGACAAGUUUGAGACCAAAUCAACAGUUUGGACUGAUACACUAAGCCGUGGACUAGUCAAUUUGAAUAUAUCUGGACCUAAAACAAAUCCAUUAGCGGAUAUAGGAAUUGAUUUUGAUGCCAUCAAUCGUAAGGAAAAGAGGUUGGAGAAGCCUGCUGCAACUCCUGUGACAUCUACUGUAAAUAUGGGUAAAGCUAUGGGGUCUGGUUCUGGGAUGGGUCGUGUCGGUGCAGGUGCACUUAGGCCCCCGGCAAAUCCUAUGGUUGGUUCUGGGAUGGGUAUGGGAAUGGGCGGUGGUCCUGGUCCUGGUCAGGGUAUGAAUUUAGGGCCAUACGGAGGCAUGAACCAACAACCCAUGGGGAUGGGCAUGGGAAUGAAUAUGGGUAUGGGGCAACCGCAAGCAGGAAUGCGUCCUGGGUCAAACAUCCCUGGUGGUUAUAAUCCCAUGAUGGGUGGCUACGGUGGUCCUCAACAACAAUAUGGUGGCUACCGAUGAGAGCUGAAUAAAAACCCUUAAAAGAGUUCUGAAGUUGGAAAUCAGGGGUUUGUUUUUUAUUGUUUGCGAUCCCAUCUUGACCGAGUCAGUACCCACAUUUUGUAUUUUUUGACCGGUAUUGUAAUUUUCUUCCAGGGCUGAUGUGGUUGUACUUUUAGUCUUGUCUUGAUUGUUAAUCUGGGUCGUCAUUUCUUUUUGGUUCACAAGAGCUCUAUUGGCUAUUGCUGCAUUGAUGCUUCUAGCUGUUGUGGCGUUGUGUAGCAGAGCGAUAACCAUUCUCUGGUUGUCUUCCAUUAUUUUUCUUUUUCUGUUUCAUAUAUACAUAUAUAUAUUUUUGGUCACUCGUCAAAGAUUACGACACUUCUCCUUACACACUUCGAAAUGAUAUUAUCAUUCAUUAUUCUAUCGGUAUGCUUUGUGAUUAAUUGUGUACUUACCCUAAUAAAAGAUUAAUAUUGUUGAUAUAUUUCA